AUGUCUGCGACUUUUAAGUUGUCCAAAAAGAAAUACUCGCAGCAAGAACUGCGACGUAUAAUGAGCGAAACGAAGGCGUCUAAACAGCAGCAACAACCAGUCGGCGAUUCGAACCGAAUUGAUUCACCGCUUGCAAAGUAUAAUGAUGCAGGACAGUUGAUGUGCGUUCUUUGCCGGUCUGUGGUACGAUCUGCUGUUGUUUGGAAAGUACAUCUUAACUCGAAACAACACAAGGAAAACAUUGAAUUAGCCAAACGGCUGAAGGAAACUUCUGCAGAGAAAAAACCCGCAGCACUACUGAAACGAUCCGGAGAUGCACAAGCUGGUAUUGACAGUGUGCCUGUAAAAAAGAUAAAAGGAAUAUUGAAGAAUGCGACACAGUCAAAAGUAAUACCAGACGAAUUGCCGGACGAGUUUUUUGAUAGUUCUGCGGCAAACACUUGCAGUACCAUCCACUCCUCAAUACGUAAGGAUCUCGUCAACAUCAAAUUACCCGAAAAACGUCGUGAACAGCGUGCCGAAUCGAUGGAUCUAGACGAAGCGACGAUCAUCAACGUGGGUGGAUCGGGUUUAGUACCAGAUGAAGAAAAAUUGCCAGAAGGAUUUUUUGACGAUCCCAAAAUGGACGCAAAGGCUCGCAAUCAAGAGUAUAAGGACCCGGAUGACGAGGAGUGGGAAAAGUUUCAGAAAGAAAUUAAGGAAGCGACUAACGUUUCAAUGGCUAUAAUAAGUGAAGAACAAGAGGAAUCUACAGCCGAACGGCAAAUAGCGGAGAUAGAUGAACAAAUUCGCAAUUGGUCCCGCGUUUUGGAUUUGGAGAAGAAGAAGGAACAAGUUAAAACAAUGAAGGGAGCCAUAUUUUCGGUAGGUGGUACAAAUCAUUUAAGCAAAACGGAUCGAAGCAUGCAAACAUCCGUCGAUGAUGAUCGCGACGACGACGGUGAUGAUGAGGAGUUUGAUGAAUUUUUAGAUUGGAGAGCGAAGAAAUCGUACAAAUAG